AUGGAGAUGCCCCAGAAUUUCCCACCUGGCUUCGUCCUGGACAGAGUUGCUGAACAGCCCAAUCAGGAUCAUAGUGAUCUUCGUAUAGGUCUUUCUACCAACUUAGUCACUUAUGGUGAAGCUUUGACGGCAAGUCUAAACCGCACGGGCCGCAUUCCUAGUCAGGUCCAAUUACCAACGACGAAUCCAGUCCGUCGAGCACACCUACGCAAGAUGGCACUUGAAAAUGUCGGAUCGCCUAACCGUCCUACCGCUUCAACAUCGCCCCGUGUAAUUCACACCCAGGGAAAACUAGAUCUGGAAGAUUUUCCGCGACCACUUUCCCAAAUCGCCGUGCUUUACUGA